AUGCAAUAGUUUGAUGAUAAGGUUAACUAAUAGAGUAAUUAAUUAAAAAAUAUCAAUACCGAGGUUUUAGAAAAUACUAAAAAUUCAAAAAUGCAUUAGGAGAUGUUGAAAUGUAUGGCUCCAAAAUCGCCUACACUUUAUUUUAAUAGUUAAACUGCAAAGUAAUUCAUGAUGUAAGCAUUCUUGGAAUUAAAAUUUGAUAAGAUACUAUAGCCAAAUCUACUUAAAGAAGAGUUUUGGAUCAAAAUAUUUUAUAUUUUAUAAGAGAAGACUAAAAAAGUUAUCAAAUAGUCUGAUUUGAUUUAUUAAGGCACAAGAGAUGGAUUAAAUAAUUAAUAAUAUUGGAAUAGUGUGGAUGGUAAAGGUAACUUACUUAUGGUAUUUAAAUCCAAAUGUGAUUAUAUCUUUGGAGCAUACUCUCCUUGUAAAUGGGAAUCAAAUAGUAGUAAUAAAUAUGUAGAAGAUAAUACAUUAUCAUCUUUUAUAUUUUCAUAAACUCAUGAUUAAGUUUAUCCUUUGAAGUAAGAUUAAAAAUAAUAUGCUAUUUAUUGUUUUUCAAAAUAUUAUGGACCUGUAUUUGGAGAUGGACAUGAUAUUUGUAUAAGUGGUAAUUUUACUGAUGGUUGUUCUAGAUUAGGUCAUUCAUAUUAAUUUAGUUAAUACAAGAAUAAAAAUGAUGAUCCAUAUUUAUUUGGAUAAAAUAAGCCAGAAAUAAAAGAAUGUGAGAUAUAUCAAUUAUAAUUUGUUUGA